AAAACAAAAGAAGCUUAAUCCAAAGAAGCUACUUGAUUCCAUCCAUAUUUCUUCUGGUAAUUAACAACUACUUUGUCCAAUGAAACUAAUUCUUAUUACUUGUUUGAGUACUCCAAUAGAUAUAUAAGAAGAAACCCAAUUGUGAGAAUCAAGAAUUAAGGGCAGAAGAAGAAGAAGAAGAGGAAGAAGAGAGAGAGCGAGAAGCAGAGGUUGUUGAGAUGAAGAGGACAAGAGAAGUGGAGAGAAGAUCAGAAAUAAAGUGUGCCAUUGAAGAACUCUCCAUGUUUGUCAAACUUAAGCCUCCCGAUGGUGAUAAUUACGAUUCUGCUCAAAUACCCACCAAGUCUUUUCUCUGUAUUUGCAAUUUGAUUCUACAAGUUCUUGAUAAGAUAGGCCCAACAAUGGCUGUUUUGAGACAAGACAUUUAUCAGAAUAUUCAGAGGAUAGAGGUGCUUUGCGAAUCUGAUUCUGCAGUGAAUUCGAAUUUGGUUGAGAUGUUGAAGAAAGAGACCAGUGAAGGGACUGCAAAAAAGGGCAACACCUCCAGUAAAGCCUUUGUUUGGCUUACCAGAACAUUGGAUUUUACGGUGGCUUUAUUACUAAGAUUAUCGAAGGAUCCGGGGCAGAACAUGGAACAAGCAGUGGAAGAGUCAUAUAACAUCACUCUGAAGCCAUGGCAUGGAUGGAUUUCAUCUGCUGCUUUUAAAGUAGCUCUGAAACUAGUACCUGAUAGAAAGACUUUCUUUGAUAUUCUCAUGGCGAAGGACGAAAGCUAUAAAACCCUUACUGAGGAUAUCCAAAAUUACGUUACGUUCCUUGCGCCCAUGUUAGAACACAUCCACUCCACUCUGAGAUUCUAUGAUUUGGACAGGUUAAAGUCUAUCUAAGGAGAAAUUUUGGGGCAAAUCAAAAGCAUUGAACAUUGUCACUCAUACUUAGUUUUCUUCAACAUAUGUUUUAAAAUCUUUUUCUUAUGUAUGUAGAUAUAUAUGUCUGUAGUUUCUGACUUGUAACAAAGAUAUGUAUAUCAGCUGUACUAAGUUUGUAUACAGCACUGGAAUUCUCACAUUCCUUGUAAAAAUUUUCAUAGUUUGAAGUAAUAACAGAUUUUCUUGGCCUGA